AUGAAAGAUCUGGAUGGCAAUCCGUGUCUGAGCCAGGAGGCCAUCAGCGAACGUAUGCACAACCAUUUCGCGAUUCAGUUCAAGAGCCCUGACAAUUGGGAGCCUCCGCGUUGGGUUUACGGCGAGUUCCCAAACAACCACUUGCGCCACAUCGACGCCCUAGGCCUCAAACCCGCCAUCUCCAACAUGAAGUCGGGCAAAAGUUGUUCUCGUUUUGAUCUGGUCGUUGCAGAGAUGGUGAAGCCGUUGCUGGAGGUUUCAGAGCAGGACAACAGCUCCAAGAUCGAGCCGGUGCGGGAGGUACUGCGCGAGGCGUUGCUCAACGAUUUGCUCGGCCGGAAAACCGGGCAGGCCCAGGCGAGGCAUCGCUUGAAAGAGUCCGACGCGCCAUUGUGCUUGCUCCCGCCAGCAGAGCGGCAGCGCACCAGGCAGGACUGGCGACGUUCUGGCACGAACAGCGGAACCUUCAAGAUUGAUGUUGAAGUGUGUUUACUUCCAAAGGGCACGGUUGUCUCAUGCCCGAAAGAAUUGCGGCCGAUCUCAUUGGCCCCGGUGCUCCGGAAACUUCUCGGAGACCUGGCUCUGGCGAAGACGCAGGGGCUCUUGAAGGAGACAGGCGCGCGGCAAUUUGCAUGCAAAUCUGGGUGCCAAAACGAUGACCUUACACUGUUGAUCAGAAUGCUGGGCCAGAGAAGUAUGGAAUGGCGUGUGCCUUUCCUGUUGGGGGUCACUGACAUGCCCAAGUGUUUCGACGAAGUCGGCCAUUCGUUUCUGCUCGAGGCGAUUCUGCACAUGGGCGUUGAUCGCGCCAUCGCGGCGUGGUUUGUCCGCGAGGCGAGGAGCUCAGUGCUGCAUCUUCGGCUUGGCGGAGUCGACGUGCCACUCGUCUGUGUGGCCAGGGGAAUCCCGCAAGGAUCUAGGUACGGUCCGUCGUUAUGUGCCGCGGUGCUUCAUUGCUGUAUUGAACCAGCGUGGAAAUCUUGCCGUCGUGAUCGACUGGGUUAUCGACAAGGCGAUCAAUAUAUACCCUUCGUGCUGUUUUGUGACAAUAUCUUCAUUCUCGCUCACGAUGCCAACGAUGUCUUGGAGAUCCUCUCUAGAUUGCAGUUCGCGCUCGUCAUGGGUGGAUGGAGGUUGCCAGACGACCGCAUUGCCUACCAGAUCAACAAGUACGUCGGGGACGUGCGUGGGACGCAACUCAAAGAAUACAAGGAGGAGCCCCGGGGUACUUCCUUCAAGGCACUCGGCUCCAUGAUCAAUGCAGCAGGUACUUGCCAUGCCGACAUCGCCGUCAAGAGGCGCGGUUGCAGUUCGGCCAUCGAGAAGCAGCGCUCGCUGUGGCAGUGCCCGAGAGUAUCUCGGCAGAAGAAACUGAGCCUGAUGCACGAAGUAGCAACAUCGAAUUAUUCUUGUUGCGUGGGCGCAUGGAUUGUCAAUCAGCGCGAGUUGUCUUCCCUGAAAGCAGCUUUUACGAAGGCGGCGAAAUCCGUUUUGCGGGUCCCUCGGAAGCAGGGUGACACCGACGAGGCGUACCACCGCACCUGCAACCGCAUUCUCCGGGAUACGAUUAUAGAAGGCUGGGCUGCCGUCGUCGACGUCUACGCGCUGCGCAGGAUGCACGACUACACGGGCCACCUCGUCCGGGCCAUUCGCUGGGAUCCAGAGCAUCUGGUCGGCGCUGUUAUCCUGCGCGGGGAUUCCGAGUGGAAGUGCAACAUGACGGACACCAUCGGUCUUCAGGGCCACCCAG